AUGGCAAGAGGAAGAGGCAGACCAAGGAAAGUGAAGGCAGAUGCAGCGGCGGCUACCGCGUUGGGUGAAAGCGAGGUUCCUGAUGGUGGGAAAUCAGGUGUUGACGUUGAUCUGGAUGGGGAUGAGACAAUGAAAGAUAUGGAUGAGUUGUUAGACCUUGGCAAAGACAAGGAUGAGCAUGCUGUGGACCCUGACUUUGUUGAUCAGCAAACUGACGCUGAUAGAGUAAUUGGAAAGGUUACCAGAAAGAAAAGAGCUGCGGCGAAGGCCAAGCCGGCCGGUAAUGCAAAGUCGAAGGAGACAUCAAAGGGCACUCCAAAACACAUUUCACACAUCACAUCAACAAGGGCGAGAAUCCAGAGGCUUAUAGGUCACAACCUCUACAAGCUUGCAGAUACAGUUAGUGUAAGAAACAGCUGGGAAACGUCAAUGUUUAAGGUAGAUCCUCAAAACUUAUCUGAGCCUCCGGAAUUGACACCUUGGAGCCUACCAGUGAUUAAAACGACAAAGAUUACCAAAACCAUUUUGGACUCGAAAUUCCCACUGAGAAGAGACCCACUCACUCUACAGGUUGAUGAUAAUGAAUCUUUGAGUCUUAAUACGGGUGAGAAUUUGGGUAAAGAUGAAUUAACGAUAAUCAACACUGGUUCUUUGAUUACAGAUAUCGCAUGGUGUCCCGGUAGACCUGCAGAUUCUCAACUGUUUGCAAUAUCUGUGUCAAAUAUCACAGAUACUGCAGUCGAUCGCAAGUUUUCACUUCUGGAGAGAGGCUCGUCCACUUCAGCGCUUUACAUUUACCAAUUGGAUACGGUCACUUCGAAAGUAAAUCUUCGUAACGUUUUACUCCAUAAUUGGGGCAAUUCUUGGGAUCUGAAAUGGACACCAGCAUUUGAAGGAUUGGGUAUCUUAUCUGCAGUGUUCAACGAUGGUGAUAUACGACUUCUGAAUUUGGGGGAACUUGAAAUCCCAAAUGUUGAGGUCACUGAGGCUUCACAAACAUACCACCUCGAGGAAUAUGCUUUAACCACCUUUGAUAUUAUGGGUAACAAGAUUAUUGCAGGGACUAAUACAGGCCAUAUUUCAGAAUUCAUAGUCAACGAAUCUGACCCUUCGUAUGUGUACCCAGUGCACAGUGAUUAUAUCUUUUGCCUUCGUGUGAAUAUACCGAAGUACGAUGAACCAAUUUUCUUCUCGGCAUCGAGCGAUUGCACCACUGCAUUGGGCUCAUUGGAUGAUUUACGAUCCACCAUCAUAAAAACACCGAAGUCCAAGUCAUUGGCUAUGAAAGCAGAAUACUGUCCACAACUACAUGCCUUUGUUCAAACCGAUAACCCAGGCGAUGUUAAAAUCAUACCAGAGAGAACUUUCAGCCCCCUACCCACGAUGCAACACGAUGGCUCUACAGAGUCGUUAUCAUGUUCCGAGAUACAUCCAAUGUUACUUACUGGCGGGGCAGACGGAAAAGUGAAGAUAUGUAACAUGGCAAGAAAACUGCUCAAUUCUAGCAAAGCACCGACGGGUUCCCAUCGUUCUUUAACAUUAUUCCAACUUCAAUAUGGAGCUAAUGAAGAUCUAUACAGACUUGUUCAGACCCUGGAGGCUGAAGAUGUUCAUAGUGAGUCCAAGUCCACACCAGAUAUCUAUCCACCUUCGGUACUACGUCCGGAUUCUUGA